GAAUUAUUCUGGAAUAUGUACAAGAUGGUGAGGCAAAGACCAGAUCUAUAGAUCUACUUAAUCUUAGACCUGACACAGAUGCCAUAGCCUUAGUAGAAGAAAUUCAAAAAGGAGAACCUCUCAUCACAGCUUCGUGCAAGGAAUACGUCAUACAUUUAGUACAAAGAUUGCAAGAGAAGCUAGGAGAAAAAGAGGAUCGCAAGUUCUACCUUUUUAAGGUACUUAGAGCACAUAUAUUGCCGCUGACCAAUGUAGCAUUUAACAAAUCUGGUUCCCGCUUUAUCACUGGAAGCUAUGACAGAACCUGCAAAGUAUGGGAUACUGCAUCAGGAGAAGAGCUACGUACGCUGGAGGGACAUGGAAACGUUGUCUAUGCAAUAGCUUUCAAUAAUCCCUAUGGUGACAAGAUUGCCACUGGAUCUUUUGAUAAAACCUGCAAACUGUGGAGUACAGAAACAGGAAAAUGUUAUCAUACUUUCAGAGGACAUAGUGCAGAAAUAGUAUGUUUAUCAUUUAAUCUUCAGAGCACAUUGGUGGCAACUGGAAGCAUGGAUACCACUGCCAAAUUAUGGGAUAUAGAGAAAGGAGAAGAAAUAGUCACUUUAAGUGGGCACUCAGCAGAAAUUAUUGCGUUGUCUUUCAACACCACUGGAGAUAGGAUUAUCACUGGCUCCUUUGACCAUACCGUAGCAGUGUGGGAUGUUGGCACUGGCAGGAUGUUACAUACUUUAGUAGGUCAUCGAGGAGAGAUUAGCAGUGCACAGUUCAACUGGGACUGUUCUCUCAUUGUCACUGGAUCAAUGGACAAAACAUGCAUGCUGUGGAAUGCUAUGACUGGGACGCAUAUAGCAACUUUAACGGGUCACAGUGAUGAAAUAUUGGAUGUCUGCUUUGAUUAUGCUGGCCAGCGUAUUGCAACUGCCUCCGCUGACGGAUCAGCAAGAGUCUAUAACGCAGAAACAAAAAAGUGCAUUGCAAAGCUAGAGGGGCAUGGAGGUGAAAUUUCAAAGGUAUGUUUCAACCCUAAAGGCAAUCGUAUACUAACAGCCAGCUCUGAUAAAACAGCUCGACUCUGGGAUGUUGCUACCGGACACUGCCUUCAGAUAUUAGAGGGUCAUACUGAUGAGAUAUUCUCCUGUGCUUUCAAUUACAAAGGCGAUAUAAUCAUUACAGGGAGCAAGGACAACACCUGUAGAAUAUGGCACUGA